AUGAGUAGUAAAACAAGAAGCAACCAGACAAACAUGAUAAUAGCACUCUCCAAGCUCAGAAACACCCUCAAACUCAAACAACCCAACCACUCAGCCACUCGCUCAAUCCUCAACCUACUCAUCAUCACCAUCCUACUCCUGCUCUGGCUGAUUCAUCACCACCAACCAGGACCAGCUGGACAGCCAGAGCACUCACUCCUCCAAGGAGGAGAUCAUCAUCAUCAUCAAACCAGCACACUAGUAGUAGACCGGCCCAUCAUCCAGAUCCCAUCCUCCAUCCAGCCCACCUCCGCCCAGGAAGCCCUCUCCAGCAGAGCUGCCGAAGCCUGGCUGUCCCGGGGAAUCAUCCUCUCCGGCUCCGAGCCACUCACCCCCACCCGGCCGAUCGAUCUCCUCUGGACCUGGGCCAACGACUCAGCCCCCAUCCCCAUCGAGCAGCCUGCCCGGAUCCCAUCCGCAUACCUCUACCGCCAGCACGACGAGCUCCGCUUCAGCCUCCGCUCAAGCCUCCAAAGUCUCCCCGAGGGCUUCGUCAGAUCCCGUCUCAUCAUCACUGCCGAUCAGCCAAUUAGCCCGCCAUCGACCGAGAACUCCACCCCUCAAAUUACUCACUCCCGUCCCAACUGGCUCCCGACACUGCCCAUCGAGCACCUUAGCCCUCCCCUCAUACUCAAACACCACUCCCAUAUCUUCCGCUUCAUCCACCCUCACAAACUCCUUCAGGCCGCUCAAUGGUCCAAAAACUAUCUCCCCUCCCACAACAGUUUGGCCAUCGAAAGCCAGUUCGGUCAUCUGGACGGGAUCCGAGAUAAUCUGCUCUACCUCAAUGACGACUGCUUCUUCAUCAACAAAUUCAGCCAAGGUGACUUCGCCAGCGAGUUGUUUGGCCCGGUCUUCCGGAUCCAAUUCGAUCUCAAAGUGGCAGACGAUCAGCUGGACCGUUCGGGCACCGAUCCGGCGCGCGGAGAAUGGCCCUCAUUAGGAUACAGUAAUUAUCUGUUGAGUCAACGCUUCGGGAGCCGCGAGCGAAGAUACUUGAGUCAUCUCCCUAAGGUCCUCAACAUCCACAUCAUGCGCGAAGUGUCGGAGAUCUGGAAGGAAGAGAUCUUCCUGACGGCGUCGUCGAGAGUGCGGGGGCAGAGAAGAGAGCUCAACAUGAUGUUCCUCACCACCUGGUAUCAGAUCGAGAAGCAUAGAGAAGCCAUGUUGCACUCGUUUAUCAUGCUGCAGUCGGACGCGAACCAGGACGGGCUGAUCUCGGUUCACGAAUGGGGAGCGAUGAUGAAGCGGAUUGGGGCGAGGGAAGAGGGGGGAAUGAUCGAGGUCACGAAGCCGUUACGGCCGCGGAGGGGUGUUGUCGAGGACGGGCUGGGUGACUCCAAGCCGCGGGAGACGGACUACGAGUGGCUAUCGAGCGACGGCUAUCCGCUGGUGGGGCCCGAUGAUCCGGCCGCGGUGCCGGACUACCGCCAUCGGGCGCCCGCGGGGCCGAAGACGUUCUGUCGGCUGAACGUGACCGACUGCUUUCUCCGCCCCGUCGUCGACCCGACCGGACACCUCCCCGCGGUAUCAUCGGAGAGCCUGCUUCGUCGGAUCGCCAGCGAGCGGCCCGAGUGCGGCGAUUGUCUGCUUGCACUGCUCGUCGGCCAACAGCCCGCUGGCUUCGACGCCCUCCUGCCCCCUAAAUCCUUCCGCACUACACUCGCAAAGUGGGUCGAGCCUAAGGCCCUCGCCGGAAGACCCUUCGCUAGCUUCCACAAACGCGCCCCACACACCUCCUUCUUCUCUUCCCCUUUCCCCCGCGCCUCCCGCUUCGCGAGACGCGCCUUCCUCAUCGACGACCCCCGGAUGUGGGCAGUCAGAAACAUCCAACGAUACCAAUACGUCCUUGGCAAUACGCCGAGUCGAUUCGACGUCUUGACGACCUACUCAACCAGUCGAAAAGUGCUUGCAAACCUGAGCAGCAAGUUCAACAAGAUCAACAACACGUCUGUCCUUCAGGCCCCCGAGCCAUCAUCAUCAUCAUUGAGAGCGACAAAUGAAGCGCCUGCUGCUCAGCGCGCCUUGUUGGUCACCAUCAACGACCGCAUCUUCGGCCCCCACCUCGCCCAGGUACACGAUCUCUUCACCGCCUGGCUUCAUGCCUCUUGGCCCACUCCCGCACCCUGGGAAAAAAACUGA